AUGUAUAUAUGUGUAUAUGUAUGAAUGAAAUAUAGCCUUCUGCUUUUAUAUUCUCUACUAUAUUAAAGGCUUCUAAAGUGUCUGAUUACCCAGGAAAUUAAUAAAUUGGAUUAUUUAUCUCUUCCUUGUAAGAGGAGUUUCCAUCAUUAGGUACAAAAACAAUGUCUGAACUUGAUUCCAAAAAUAUAAAUGUUUGCAAACCGUAGAAACUUUUAUUGUGAUGAUAUAUGCAGCAUUGAGACAAGCUAACACUCACUUGCCGUCAGUGGGGAGGAGACAGAACCCGGAGCAUCAGAAGACUGCGGGGGCCGGGAAGGAGAAGUGCUGCUACUUCUUCUGGCAGGGCCGCAACUCCACCGUCAGCGAGAAGGGAACGUCGGCGCUGAUGACGGUGGAGCUGGACGAGGAACGGGGAGCACAGGUUCAGGUCCAGCAGGGUAAGGAGCCUCCGUGUUUCCUGCAGUGCUUCAAAGGAGGGAUGGUGGUCCACUCUGGGAAGAGAGAAGAGGAGGAGGAGAACUCACAGAGUGACUGGCGUCUGUACUGCGUGCGGGGGGAGGCGGAGGUGGAGGGCCACCUGCUGGAGGUGGCCUGUCACUGCAGCAGCCUGCGCUCCAGGGUCUCAAUGGUGCUCCUGAGCGCGAGCCAGGCCCUCAUCUAUCUGUGGCACGGCUGCAAGUCUCAAACGCACACGCGGGAGGUGGCGCGCACCGCCGCCAACCAAAUCAAACAGCAUUGUCCUCUGGAAACCGGCCUCCACAGCAGCAGCAAGGUGACCAUCCGGGAGUGCGACGAGGGAGCAGAGCCCGCGGGAUUCUGGGAGCCCCUUGGGAGGAGGGACAGGAAGGCGUACGACUGCAUGCUGCAAGACCCAGGGCGGUUUAACUUCUCACCACGUCUGUACCAGCUGAGCAGCAGCUCAGGGGAGUUCGCAGCAGUGGAGUUUCUUUACCCCGCCAGAGACCCCAAGGAGGUCAACUCCAUGCCCUUCCUGCAGGAGGAUCUUUACGCGGCUUCCCAGCCAGCCCUGUUCCUGGUGGACAACCACCAUGAGGUGUAUCUGUGGCAGGGCUGGUGGCCGCAGGACAGCGAAAGCCCCGGCUCAGCCCGAAUCCGCUGGGACUCGGACAGGAAGUGUGCCAUGGAGACAGUGCUGCAGUACUGCAAAGAAAAGAAUGAGAAGAAGCCUCCCAAAGCGUACCUGAUCCAUGCCGGUCUGGAGCCUCUCACCUUCACCAACAUGUUCCCCAGCUGGGAGCACAGAGAAGACAUCGCUGAGAUCACUGAGAGGGAGGCUGAAGUGUGUAACCAGAUUAUCUUAGUGGAGGACGUGUUGGCCCGGCUGUGUAAGACCAUGUACCCACUGGCAGAUCUUCUGGCUCGGCCGCUGCCUGAGGGUGUUGACCCUCUUCGUCUGGAGGUCUAUCUGUCUGAAGAGGACUUUGAGGUGAGAACCUGCAGUCUACAGACUGUCUCUGAUGUUACUCUAGAGGUGCCACAUGUUUCUUGCCACCUAAUUUCUUAUCCUCAGAAGGUGGCUGAGAAAAAGCUCUAAUAAAGUCACUGUACACCACCUGCCCAGCACCAAAUGACAACCAGAACUAGUUGCCUACCUGCAGUUGAACAAAGUGGAGCCUUUAGCAGCUAAAGAGUCAAAUAUUUAUUGGUGGAAACCAAAAACGGAGCUAAAAGAGAGUGAAUGAAGGACUUCCAUCCAUCAGAUGGAACGAAACAUGACUACAAAUGAAUGCUAAUAUUGCUCUGUGUUUGCUGGAUCUGCAAAUAAGCAACUGUUGCUAACACAGCAGCCUUGUAAACUUGACCAUAAGAGGUGUGAUUUACAGAUCGUCAUGACCCCGAGUGGCCACAAAAACUGAUUAGUACUGCUUUAAAGUACAGAUUGAUAUACUGUUAUGUAUUUUGCACCUUUAAAUGAUGAGACUGGUGUUUAACAUUCAUCUUAUUGCCAAUAAAUCCUCAUGGAAACAGAACAGAACAGAGGAAUAAGACUUACCAAGCAACUCAUUCAUCGUUGGGUUUGGUCUUUUCAUUGGAUUCAUUAACAAUAAGGAGAAUAUACAAUAAGACGGGCUUUAUCCUUUAACUUUGAGCUUUCAUUGUGUUUACUCUAAUAUGACUUUCUGGAAGAUUCUUGUUUAGAAAUACUUGAAGUUAUAGAAAUAUUAUGGAUCACUUUCUGGGAAUAUUUGAUGUUCCUUGUGUGUUAUCUAUGGCUACAUGCAUCAUUCAGCUUUCACCUUAUGUUCAUGGCUCUCUUCCUCUUUCUUUUCCCAAUCUCGUCUUUCAUCAUGUGCAUCUUCUUGUCUUUCUGUGAACUUAUCUAUUCAUUCAUUCCACCCUCCAGGGUGUAGGGGCUUAUGGGAAGGUGAGUCCUCUGGCUUGAGCAUGGAUGACCUGGACUAGUGCUCCUGUUGCACAGCAUCCUCACUCAACUCAGCCAUAAACCAUUUUCUAUCCAACUCUUCCUCGUUGCUUAUUUUUUUUUUUUUUUUACAUUUUCUCUCUGAUAAAAUAUCUAACUCCUAAUUUGUUCAUUAGCAUGCUGUUCACUCACGUGUUGACGUCGUACUGAAUCCUGGAGAUAUGAGAUCUGUGACCGUGUUUUACUGGAGAUGCCAACUGAGGAAUGAGUGCUGUGUUCUCCAACUCACUGACGCAUGAGUGUGUUCUCAGAUGUUACUCAUUCCUCGCCGUGCGAGCUGCAGGAUGUGUCGGUUCUUAGAGAUGCACUGAUCGAUCGGGCGCCGCUCUAAACCGGCUGGUCGUCGGCUGAUCUGUAAUGACAUCAAAUUUUCACACACAUGUGUCACAUGAUCUCACUUAGUGUACACAGCGGCACAGACCGUAAUGUCUCACACACACACACACACACACACAUUAUGUCGUAAGUGUGAAACUUCUUCAACACGAGAUUAGAAGACAUUAAGCUCGCAAACUUUCUCAAAAUGGGCAGUAGAGAAACAGCCUUAAAACAUUUGAAAAACUAUUAACAUCAA